CAAACAGAUCGAUGGCGACGUUUUCGAAACGGUUUUGGGGCCACUGACCACGACGAUGGCUACAGCGGCAACAUUGAUUCCUAUGGAUUCUAGCAGAGCCAUAGGAAAGAAACGGUCACGUUCACCAUCUUCCGAUGGCUCUCGCGGCCCUCCUCCGACCCGAAGGAGGUCACGUUCGCCGCCGCCGCCGCGAAUGAAACUUGACUUACCCAAGGUUCAAGAUGUAGAUCCCGUGCGACGUGCGCAGAGAGAGCGGGAAUUGGCUGCUCGAAUGGCAGCAGUUGAGCUCGACAAGACUACUAAACAGGAUUCUGCACAGGAGCAAGCAGACAAGCAGGCCGAGUUCCAAAAAUUGAUCAGUAACUCUCGUUCUGGUGGCGUUUAUGUCCCUCCCGCUCGACUCCGUGCCAUGCAGGCCGCCGCUGCAACGGACAAAUCAAGUCAAGAGUACCAGCGGUUGUCCUGGGACGCGCUGCGCAAAUCAAUCACCGGUAUCGUUAACCGAGUCAAUAUUGCCAACAUUAAGCAGGUUGUUCCAGAACUAUUCUCAGAAAACCUCAUACGAGGACGGGGGCUGUUCGCGCGCAGCGUCAUGAAAGCACAGGCAUCCAGUUUACCCUUUACACCAGUUUUUGCCGCUCUGGUGGCCAUUAUCAACACAAAACUUCCUCAAGUGGGAGAGCUCGUCUUAACCCGGCUCAUAAGCCAGUUUCGACGUGCGUUCAAGCGUAACGACAAAACCGUUUGUCAUUCUUCGACAACCUUCAUUGCUCACCUCGUCAAUCAAGCUGUCGCACAUGAGAUUAUUGCGCUUGAAACCCUCAUCUUCCUCCUUGAGCGCCCAACGGAUGACUCGAUUGAGAUUGCGGUUGGAUUCAUGCGUGAGGUCGGUGCGUUUCUGGCGGAAAACUCUCCGAAAGCAAACGCGCUCGUUUUCGACCGUUUCCGUGAUGUUCUCAACGAGGGGACUAUCAGUCAUCGCGUACAAUAUAUGAUAGAGGUGCUUAUGCAGGUCCGGAAAGACAAGUACAAGGACAACCCAGUCAUACCAGACGGGUUGGACCUCGUAGAGGAAGAGGAGCAGAUUACCCACCACAUACGCCUUGAAGAGGAGCUGCAAGUGCAAGAAGGGCUCAAUAUUUUUAAGUUCGACCCCAAUUACGCGGAGAACGAGGAAAAGUACAAAGCAAUAAAAGCUGAAAUUCUGGGAGAGGGCUCUGACGAUGAAUCUGGUUCAGAGGAGUCCAGCGAGGAAGAAGAAGAGGAAGUCGAAGAACAAGAAGGUAUAUUGGAUCAGACGGGGACGAACUUGGUCAAUCUACGACGAAUGAUAUACCUCACUAUCAUGAACGCUCUCAACUACGAGGAAGCGGUCCACAAGCUCUUAAAGAUCCAGCUGAAGGAAGGAGAAGAGAUCGAGCUCAUCAACAUGAUUAUCGAGUGUUGUUCGCAAGAGCGCUCUUACUCUACCUUCUACGGCCUUGUUGGGGAACGAUUUAGUCGGCUUAAUCGUGUCUGGAUGGAAUGUAUCGAACAAGCAUUCGACAACUACUACCAUACCGUUCACCGAUACGAGACCAACCGACUCCGCAACAUUGCGCGGUUCUUUGGACAUAUGUUCGCCAAUGAUGCGAUCUCCUGGGUCAACCUUGGUUGCAUUAAAAUGAACGAGGACGAUACGACGUCGAGUUCCCGUAUUUUUGUCAAAAUCAUGAUGCAGGAGGUGAUGGAGAGCAUGGGUUUGAAAGCUCUUGCGGAGCGAUUCAAGGACGAAGAAAUAAAGGUCGCAUGCAAAGACAUGUUCCCUAUGGACAAUCCGAAGAACACUCGCUUCUCGAUCAACUACUUCACGAGUAUCGGACUCGGUAUACUGACGGAGGACAUGAGAGAGUACUUAAAGAAUGCCCCGCGUCUAAUCAUGGAACAACGCCGCGCACUGCUCGAGCAAGAAUCCUCCUCUUCAGAUUCAGAUUCAUCGGAUGACUCAGACUCAGACUCAGAUGAUUCAAGCUCGGAUUCGGGCACGACGUCCGAUGCUUCUGACUCAUCUAUCGAUUCCCGACGACGUUCCCGACGCUCACCUACCCCACGAAGAGACUACAGCAAAGGUCGCAGUCGGGGCCCGGCUCGGAGCCCAGACGACUCGCGCGACUACAGGCCACAUAGACGCGACGGGGAAUACACUCGGGAACGUGAUCGCAACUACGCGCGAGACAAGUACCGCGAAGACUCGCGCUCCCCGCCUUCUUCCCCUCGUCGGUCUCCCUCACUUCGUCGGUCUCCCUCUCCACCUCGUCGAUCUCCCUCCCCACCUCGUCGGUACCGCGAUGAUCGCAUGACAGGAAGACAAAACCUUCCUCUCCACUGCCACCAUGAUUCACCCCCGCGUCGACCCCGGGAAGACGACCGUGAACGAGACAGAGAAAGGGAACGAGAAAGGUCACGCGUCGAUGGGUAUGGUCGGCGGGGAAGGGAUGAUUCGCGGGAUCACCGCUCUGAAAAGGAACGGGAUAGGGGCUACUAUUCAAAAGACGGCAGUAGGUAUCGCGGCAACUAUAGGCAUCGCUCUCCAAGCGUAAAGCGAGACUCUCCGAGCCCGAGGCGCCGAAGGCUGAAUGAGAGGGACUACGAUGACCGGAGCAGAUAGGCAUGCUCGAUUUUGAAUGACUAGUGUGAGGUGUUAUAAUCCCUUGUGUACCAUUGUGGCGACUCGAAAAAGUUACGAGUCUAUGCACUAUUAUCUUGUUCAUAAUUCAGUGGACACUGUCCCAUCGUUAAUACGUGGCUAUAAGUCAGUCCAACAGCAUGAAGUGGGUCCCAGCAGUUCGGAAAAUGACGUGGGGAACCAAGUAGUUAGGGGCAAUAUAUACGGUUUGAUAAACGG